GCCGUGACUCGGGCCGACUGAAGAACGCUCGGGUCUCGCGCACCGCGGAGGCGCCUCAGAGAGGAGGAAGCCCUUGCGAUUGUGACCUCAGAGGUGGGAGAGCGGGAUAGUUUCCUUCUCUUACGAAAUCUUGAAAGGUAGACAACCACUGUCCAGAAUCCACUCUGAAUUCUCUGCAGUUCUUUGUUAAGCAAAACUAAGUGUUUCCAACUUCAGGUUAGUCUGCAAUUAAGUAAAGCAAGAAAUUGGAAGAAUGCUCACAAUACGGACGUGUUUUCUACAGUUGUCACCUGCAUUGAAAGCAAAACCAGUGUGCAAGAGGGUAACUUCAGUCUGCAUGGUGCAUAGACACUCUCACAAGUUAGCUUCUAUCCACAGUAUCUUCAAACUUAGUGAGAAGAAGCAAAACAGUAUUAUUUUUCCAUUCAAAGACUUGGAAAGGUACCUGGUCAAAAAUGUAAAUAAAACAAAGUUUCAAAUGUUUGCUCCAAGUUUUGAGGAUAUUGGAAAUGCAGAACAACUCUUCACACCUUCACAUAAGCACUGUAUCGAUUAUUUCACCUCUGCUGUCAGGAUUGAUCAUGCACCAACAACAGCACAGCCAGAGGUUUGUUUUAUAGGCAGAAGUAAUGUGGGAAAGUCUUCAUUGAUAAAAGCAUUGUUUUCUCUGGUUCCUGGCAUUGAAGUUAGAGUUUCAAAAAAUCCAGGACAUACAAAGAAAAUGAAUUUCUUUAAAGUAGGCAAGGCGUUUACUGUCGUUGACAUGCCUGGCUAUGGAUACAGAGCACCUUCUGAUUUUGUGGAAAUGGUAGAAAGAUAUCUCGAGGCAAGACAGAAUUUAAAGAGAACAUUUUUGCUAUUGGAUGCAUCAAUAGGAAUCCAGGAAGCAGAUCAUAUAGCAAUUGAAAUGUGUGAAGAGUUUGGCAUUCCAUUUGUUCUUGUAUUAACAAAGAUUGACAGGCCUCAGCAAGGCAAUCUGCUGAAGAUCAUUCUAGGAGUACAAGAAGCGAUAGAAAAACAAACGUCGGGGUGCUUUCCUCAGCCGUUCCUCGUGAGCUCUUUGAAUUAUUCUGGGAUUCAUCUGCUGAGAUGUUUCAUAGCUCAUGUGACUGGAAAUCUUCAGAUUAAUGAACAUAAUUCCACGUCUUUAAGAUCAGGAGUUAAUUCUGCAAAGAUAUGAACAUUGGUUUCAGAACAGCACUGCAAUACCGAUUUGACUUGAAGGAACCACUGAAUGCAGACUACAUGCAAAUAGCAAAGUCAAAUUGAAUUUGACCUAAUUGACAUUAUGUGUUCAUAGAGUCAUAGAGAUGUACAGCAUGGAAUCAGCUCCUUUGGUCCAGCUCAUCCAUGCCAACCAGAUAUCAUAAAUUAAUCUAGGUCUAUUUGCCGGGAUCAUGGGAAAUAUUACAGAACAUGUGUAACAUCUUUGUGGAAAAUUGUGGAGUUUAUAUAUUCUGUUUACAAAAUAGAUUUAUUCUGAUUGUUUAAGUAGACUCCGUUCCUAUUAUUCCUAAAAUGCAUUUCAGAUUAUGAUGCCUAGAACC